GCGGGGAGUGUCCGUCAUGGAGUCGCUUUGGAGGCUGAAGCGGUUCGAUGCGUUCCCCAAGACGCUGGAGGAUUUUCGGGUCAAGACCUGCGGCGGCGCGCUCGUGACUGUAGUCAGUGGACUCAUCAUGUUCUUACUAUUCUUCUCAGAGCUCCAGUACUAUCUCACAAAGGAGGUUCACCCAGAAUUAUAUGUUGACAAAUCAAGGGGAGACAAGCUGCGGAUAAACAUUGAUGUUGUUUUUCCACAUAUGCCAUGUGCCUAUUUGAGCAUUGAUGCAAUGGAUGUGGCUGGAGAACAACAGCUAGAUGUUGAACACAACCUCUUCAAACAGCGCUUGGAUAAAGAUGGCAAGCAUGUGACUCCAGAGGCAGAAAGACAUGAAUUAGGAAAAGAAGAGGAGACAGUAUUUGAUCCAAACUCUUUAGAUCCCGAUCGCUGUGAAAGCUGCUAUGGAGCAGAGUCUGAGGACAUCAAGUGCUGUAAUAGUUGUGACGAUGUGCGAGAAGCCUAUAGGCGGCGAGGCUGGGCCUUCAAGAACCCAGACACCAUCGAACAAUGCAAGAGAGAAGGUUUUAGCCAGAAAAUGCAGGAGCAGAAAAACGAGGGCUGUAAAGUGUAUGGAUUCCUAGAGGUCAACAAAGUAGCUGGCAAUUUUCACUUUGCACCAGGAAAAAGCUUUCAGCAGUCUCAUGUUCAUGUGCACGCUGUUGAGAUUCAUGAUCUGCAAAGCUUUGGACUUGACAAUAUUAACAUGACUCAUUUUAUCAACCACCUUUCAUUUGGAAAGGAUUAUCCUGGCAUUGUGAACCCGCUUGAUGGGACAGUUGUCACAGCACAGCAAGCUUCCAUGAUGUUCCAGUACUUUGUAAAAGUGGUCCCCACGGUAUAUAUGACAGUUGAUGGUGAGGUGGUGAGGACAAAUCAGUUUUCAGUAACACGGCAUGAGAAAAUAGCUAAUGGGCUAAUUGGAGACCAGGGUCUACCUGGUGUAUUUGUGCUCUAUGAGCUUUCUCCAAUGAUGGUGAAACUAACAGAGAAACAUAGGUCCUUUACACAUUUUCUCACAGGAGUUUGUGCCAUUAUUGGAGGAGUAUUUACAGUGGCAGGACUCAUUGACUCUUUGAUCUAUCAUUCAGCUCGGGUCAUUCAGAAGAAAAUAGAGCUUGGGAAAACAACAUAAGUUAGUAGCUGCAAUCCUCUUUAACAAACUUGAAGGCAUUAAAAAAAAACCAACUCUAAAGUCGAUGUCCGAUUUCAGUGUGCCAAGAGAAGAUGCCUGGAAUUCUGAAGAGAGACUGACAAUAGUUUCCAGUCUUGGGAGAAGGGAAACAGGGCAUUAAUUUAAGCAUCCAUUUUUGUGAAAUUUAAAAAGAGUUCUGUAUACCAUAGAUUUUGGUAUUUGUCUUGUCUGUUGGCAUAUCUCUCAAUUUCUAGACUCUGAAAGAGCAGAGACCUCCAGAAUAUGGAAAAGAAGACCUUUUACAUGUGGAAAACUAAUAUUUUCUAUUUAAUUUGUACCCAGUGAUACCCUUAGAAUGUGUGUUUGGAACAAAUUCUCAGGAAAAAGUUUUAAUAAAGUCAUCUAAUAUUU